GACGGCAGAAGGAACAAGAAGGACACUACGUUGAUUUCGACUUUCUGUCUCAGUCAUUCUGUGAAGCGCUGCAGCUGCAAGAAGGAGCACAUACAUCUUCAAGGCUACGAUAAGGAGACGCAUCGCAAGCGGACAGCAGCAGCAGCAAUGUUUUCAAAGAAGUUCUGUACGGCACUCUGCAAGGACAUCUUGGCCCUGGAGUCCAAAGAACCCGGAAUCUCCAUCAACAAGUUCUCAAGAGCUUUCCCGGCAGCAGCAGAUGACGAGGCAGAAGAUGAAGCACCAUUAGCUCAGUUACCAGCACCAGCAGGACCUAAGUCCAUAGACGACCUCAUGGAAGAAUUCAAGGACAUCGACACCAAGAGCAUCAAGAUCACGCUCGACACCUUCACGCCCACGGAAGUACAAUGGAUCAAGGCAGCGAUUCUCUCCAUCACCGAUUACACUAUGAGUUUCGGCGUUCCUGGGACACCUACCGGACGGAUUUUGAUGUUGCCUGGUACUGGUAGGCCUGGACCACUUGCGGCUUCUACUGACGAUGCCAUCGAGAAGAUCGAGAUCAACGGCCGUGUCUUAUCACGGACGAAGCCCAACAUGGAACUUCGGGAGCUACCCAAGAAGUUGACUCAUGCCAACGAGAAGGAUCGUGCCGGACUACUGCGUCUACUUCAUGAACGCUUCUGGCACUAUUCUCCACUGGACAUGAUGAAGUUGCUGCAGGCCAUGCUCUUACCUCAGGCUAUCGUCCUACAAGGCAUGGAGAUUUGCAAGGCUUGUGAAGUUUGUCAGCAAUGGGCUAAACGUCACAUACGACCUCAGAUUAAAUCGUUUUUGGCUACAGUGUUCAACGAGAUGGUACAGCACGAUUUGUUCUUCCUCUGGGAUGAAACGUUCAUGAUUCUUAUUGAUGAAGCUACUAAGUGGAAGACUGGCGACCACCUCAUCAACAAGACGGGCCCAGUCUUGGUGAAAGCGCUCAACUACCUUUGGAUACGCAUUUGGGGCGCGAUGCAGAACCUUCUCACUGAUCAGGAAGGAGGUCUCAUGGGACACGAAGCCACCAAGCUAUGUGAUCGACUCGAGAUCAACAGACUGGCUAUCGGCAAAGGAGGCGCUACCACCAAAGGACUUGUCGAAAGGCAUCUAGCUCUUCUCAAGCUUUCUAUGCUCAAGCUCAAGCAGUCAAGUCAAGCAGAAGGAUUGGAUCUCAGUUACUCCGACAUCUGCUACGAGUGUUGCGCUGGCCACAAUUGUACUCUCAACUAUGGCGGCAGCACUCCACAGUUGGCCUUGACUGGACAACUACCGAGGAUGAUUGCGAUCGACAGCGAGACCAUCACGUCCAUGACGGGCGCCCUCGAGAAGCGUCCUGACUACAUGGAGUCUAU